UAUUUGAUUUGAAAGACACAAAAAUUAUUUAUUUCACAUUUUUUAAGUAAUCAAAUUUUCUUUAAUUUAAAAUAUAUUUUGUUAAAAGAAACAAAUUUUUGAUAUAAAUUUUGGAUAUAAAAUAUAAUGACUACAAUUUGGCAUAAAAUUUGUGAAGUAUUCACCGAUUUAGUGAAACCUACCAGACGCAAAACACGAGUUACCUUUAGUCCCAGCACAUUACAUCGUGAACUGGAGCGUCGCACAAAAUUAUCAGCAACUAAUAAUCCAUUUUUCAACUUUUUGGCUGAAUUACGUUUAAAGUCACAGGAUAACGAAUUCAUGAAUCGUUCCUUAAAUCAAAGAGAUAUGGUAAGGAUUACAAAAACUGCUGGUCAUCUGUGGCAGACUAUGAGCGAAGAGGAAAAACAACCAUAUCGUAAAAUGGCUGUGGAACAAAGAAAACUAAAACGUCUCAAGCGUAAACGACGUUCGCCAUGGUUUAGCGAUAAAAGAAGACGUCGUAAAAGGCGCAAAAGUCAAACCCACAUACCGCCACAAGUACCGGAAUUAAUUGGCGAUGGCCCUUCAGUUUUUGGGGACACAAAUCAAUAUAAAAUAAAUUAAGUUGUGAUAAGAAUUUUUAUUAUAAAUUUUAAAAUUAAAUUCAAUGUUAUCAAAUAAAAUUCUAAAAGCAUU